GGGAGGCAUGCGCGUGCUGAUCAAGAGGCGACAAAUACAUUCGCCCAUCCCGUCGCACGCUCUAUACCGCUCCGUGUCGUCGCGUAGCCAGCAAAAGAACGAAGAACCUAGGGGCGGCACCACCACGCCUGUGCCGGACGAAGCCUCGAUUGUUGUCUCCAAAUCAGCAUACUAUUUCGAGGCCGGCUAUGGACUCUUUGCCAAACGACCAUCACGACCCUUCCCACCGCCCUUCUUAUCUCCUCCCUCGGGUUCCUUUUCCGAUCCACUGAGUACACAUGACCGAAGUCGCGACCGUCGUCCGUCCGUCAAUGGCGACAUGAUCCGCGGUAUCACCAAUGGUGAUGAUGCUGUCCUGGUCAGCGACAACUUCAUAGGCGCAAACGAUGGUNNCUUGUGGUCGCGCCUCAUACUCCAUUUCUGGGCCCUGGAGGCUGAGAAGGAUGCAUACGGAGACGACUCGGAGCCAGAUCCUGUCAGAUACCUCUCCAAAGCCUACCAACACACCAUAGACGCAACCAGUAAACCCAACGAAUGGUUCGGUACCACUACUGCUUGCGGUGCCCUUCUGCAUACCGAUACCAACAAUCCACCCCAUCCUAUACUCUACGUAACUCAACUCGGAGAUUCUCAGAUACUGGUUAUUCGGCCGGAAAAAGGAGAUGUCAUCUACAAGACGGCCGAGCAAUGGCACUGGUUCGACUGUCCGCGACAGCUUGGUAGCAACAGUCCCGAUGUGCCCGACAAGAAUGCUGUCAUGGACAAAAUCACAAUCGCAGAAGACGACAUCAUUCUUGCCAUGUCUGAUGGUGUUGUGGACAAUCUUUGGGAACACGAAGUCGUCGACAAUGUUCUACAGAGUAUGGAGAAAUGGCGAUCUGGUAGUGUUCCUCAGGUGAUGCGCUCUGACGACCAGGGCACAUAUGCAGGAGGCAUGCAGUUUGUUGCCCAGGAGCUCGUCAAGGCAGCUCGCACCAUCGCGCAAGAUCCAUUCGCAGAAAGUCCUUACAUGGAACGUGCAAUUGAAGAAGGUCUCUCGAUAGAGGGCGGCAAACUCGACGAUAUCAGUGUUGUCGCGGCCGUGUGCAAAAAGCGAAUUGGCAGA